CCACCUCCAAGGAAGGAAAACAACUGGAGCAUUUGAAAUGUGGAGCUAUUACUGGAAAUAGAAGCCAAUAGCUGGGGAGUGCAGUGUUGCGAAGAGAAAUGUUUCCUCUCCUGGAGCUUGAGAAAUGAAAAAUAAGGAUACUGGUGAACCUGAGAAUAAGCAGUUUAGAGAAGACGAGGAAGAGGAUGGCACCAAACACAAGGAGCUCAAGCUGCGAAAUUAUGUUCCUGAGGAUGAGGAUCUCAAGAAGAGGAAGGUGCCUCAGGCCAAGCCAGCCUCAGUGGAAGAUAAGGUGAAAGACCAACUAGAAGCCGCGAAGCCAGAGCCUAUCAUUGAAGAAGUGGAUUUGGCAAACCUCGCCCCCAGAAAGCCAGACUGGGAUUUAAAGCGAGACGUAGCCAAGAAGCUGGAAAAACUGGAGAAGAGAACGCAAAGGGUAAUUGCUGAAUUGAUAAGAGAGCGAUUGAGAGGCCAAGAGGAAGAACUGGCAUCAGCUGUUGGAUCAGCAAAGCAGGAAGGAAGUGAUUCUGAUUAAAGAUGUCUGGUUUGCUGCCUCAGAGCACAGACUCAUUGGGGUUUGUCACAUUGGUCUUGUCACUCUUUGCUAACAAAAUCCUUAACUCCCUUGGACUUGGGUAGAAGGGAAUCUGUCUCUGAGAAGGGAAUGCUUUAGCCACAGCACAGCAGCUCUUAAAGGGGCAGAUAUGGGGAGCCCCUCAGUCUGUUCUAUACCCACGAGCAUGUGUUUGCUGUGUGUGAGCAUUUCACAUGGGAAUGCUCCAUGCAAUGUGCAUGCUGUGUACUGCCUUCUCAUCCCCUGGAGAGCGUGCCUGCUCUCUGGCUCAGCCUCGCAGGGGGUGAUCGUUGCAGUAUGUGGUUUGGCAUUGCAGGCGGGGCAGGGGUGUCCAAUGGAGCUUUUCUGGACUUUUGAUGAAGUAAAAGUUCUCAGAUAAAGCACUGGAGCAGAUUAAAGGAGCAAAUGGCUCAUGAGUGGCAUGCGCAACACCACACAGCCAGAAGAAAAGCCCUGUGCUUAGCAAUCAUGUGAGAAUUGUGGCCCUACCCAAACUGGUCAGGGAAUGAUGUAGCAUCUCUCUAGCUCAAGCCGUGUUUCAGAGCAGUGUGCUAGAGAGGUGCGAACGAUUUCUUUGGCCAGGGCAGACAGCGUGUUUCUGUGCAGAGGUGGGUGGAUGUCUAUAGAGCCAACUCCUUUGCUGACCCUUUUUAUCUCUCCUGCAGUACAGCUGAGCACAUGGCAGAACUGUGUAAUAUACAAGAGGGGCUGGUGAGCUGUCCUCACUUAAACAGAUCGGGGCUGGAGCCUCCCAUUGCAUGGAGGCUUUGUGGGGGGCAAGAAGAAACCAAUGACUGUACAAAAGAAUCCCGAAAUGGCUGUGCAGCUGGAGAGCUUUCUGCAUGGUCACUAAAAACGGCCUCACCUGCAUUCUAGCAGACAGAUUCAUGUACGAUUCAUAUUGUUCCCUUUUACUUUCUGAUCCUCCCACAUACAGGAGCUUGUGGAGCAUAUGCUGUAUUGGUGGGUUUUGUUGCAGGUAAAACUGGGCUGCAACAAGUAUUUUUUUCAUAAUAAAAUGACCCGGCAAUGGUGCAAAAUGUCC